UUGGGGGGCGGGGGGAGGGUGUGGCCCGGGUGGCCGAGGCUGGCGUGGGUUGGGGGCCAGGGUGCUCCAGGCUCCCGGGCCAGAGCCAACUUGAUAGAGACUCGGGCCCACGCCCUAAGGGGUUAAACCUUUUCUCAUGUUACCGAGCGGUUUAUAAGAAGGCUCGGGAGGCCCAGCCUCCGCCUUAUUGGGAGCCUUUUUGGGGUUUAUUCUCUUCCCUUCUAACUUGGAGACAAACUUCUGGACUUGUCUGUGAAAGUUUAGCCUAACUUGACUAGGAAGCCCCUCCUUAAAUUGGGUGGUGCCCUCUCUUGAGGCCGUAUAAAAAGGAGUGCAGGUUGAGCAGAGUCAUUGCUUUCUGCUUGUGGACUAUGCGUGAGCACCUCUCCAGCCACUGACUUACCCACCUUCGAUGGACGGCAUCCUUAAACCAUCAAGAAUGACCCAACAGAAUUCGAAGCUUUCUUCCCAAGCCAAUGUGUAUACCCAAGUGCCUGAUGGAGGAUGGGGCUGGGCAGUAGCUGUUUCUUUUUUCUUCGUUGAAGUCUUUACCUAUGGCAUCAUCAAGUCAUUUGGUGUCUUCUUUAAUGACUUAAUGGACAGUUUUGAUGAAUCCAACAGCAGGAUCUCAUGGAUAAUAUCAAUAUGUGUGUUUGUGUUAACAUUUACAGCUCCCCUCUCCACAGUCCUGAGCAACCACUUUGGACAUCGGCUGGUGGUGAUGGCAGGAGGGCUGCUUAUCAGCACGGGAAUGGUUGCUGCCUCCUUCUCCCAGAGGGUCUACCACAUGUACAUCUCCAUCGGGGUCAUCUCGGGUCUGGGCUACUGCCUUAGCUUCCUCCCGACCGUCACCAUUCUGUCACAGUACUUUGACAAAAAGCGUUCGGUAGUCACUGCGGUCGCGUCUACGGGAGAGUGCUUUGCUGUGUUUGCCUUUGCUCCAGCCAUCACAGCUCUGAAGGAACACAUUGGCUGGCGGUACAGCCUCCUCUUCGUGGGCCUACUGCAACUGAACAUCAUGGUCUGCGGCGCCUUGCUAAGACCAAUCAUUAUCAAAGGACCAGAGUCACCGAAAACAGUCACCCAGGAACCCCGGAGAGAAGUUCAGUACAUGCUUGAAAAUGAGAAAACAAGAACCUCAAUAGACUCCAUCGACUCAGGAGUAGAACUAACUACCUCACCAAAAAAUGUGCCUAAUCAAGCUAAUACGGAGCAGGAAGCCAGAGCUGAACAGCACCAGACCCUGGUGGUUGGUCCCAAGCACAGCCCGAAGAAAACCCUGCUGUUAGACUUCUCCAUUUUGAAAGACAAAAGCUUCAUCUGUUACGCAUUGUUUGGCCUCUUCGCCACACUGGGCUUCUUUGCACCUUCCCUGUACAUCAUCCCCUUGGGUAUUAGUCUAGGCAUUGACCGCGAUCGCGCUGCAUUUUUACUAUCUACGAUGGCCAUUGCUGAAGUGUUCGGAAGGAUCGGGGCUGGGUUUGUCCUCAACAGAGAGCCCAUUCGGAAGAUCUACAUUGAACUCAUAUGUGUCAUUUUACUGACAGUUUCUCUCUUCGCCUUCACUUUUGCUACUGAAUUCUGGGGUCUCAUGUUAUGUAGUGUGUUUUUUGGCACUAUGGUUGGGACCAUAGGAGGGACCCACAUCCCACUGUUGGCAGAGGAUGACGUCGUUGGAAUCGAGAGGAUGUCAUCUGCAGCUGGAGUCUAUGUCUUCAUUCAGAGCAUUUCAGGGCUGGCGGGACCACCCUUGGCAGGCCUCCUGGUAGACCAGAGCAAGAUCUACAGCCGGGCCUUCUACUCCUGCGCAGCAGGCAUGUUCAUGGCUGCUGUGUGCCUCGCCCUGGUGAGACCCUGUAAAAAGGGCCUGUGCCAGCAUCCUCAUUCAGGUGAAAACCAGACAGACAGCCCUCACAGGAAGGCGUUACAGGACAUACCAGAAGACUUUCUGGAAAUGGAUCUUGGGAAAUGUGAGCACAGGGUUCAUAUGAAAGUGGAUCCAGUGUGACACACUUUCAUGUCAUAGCUUCUCUGUGGCCUGGGAAAAGAGUCCCUGGGGCAGGUGCCGACCACUGGACCCCACCUUCAAAACUGAAUAAAGGGAAUGCAUGUGUGAACAGCA